GGACGUGGGUUGCCGUGUUUUGAAGCCCACUCGGAUGUUCUGGUUCACAUGGCAGCAGCAAACCUGACUCCCCCCAGCUCUCUGGAAGUAAAUAAGCUGGGGUUUCCAAAGGAGAUCCUUGGGACUGAGUUGGAGGGGAAGUACCUGUGUACGGAGUGUAGGAAUAUUUUAAGGCGGCCAUUCCAAGCCCAGUGUGGACACCGGUACUGUUCCUCUUGCCUGAGAACAAUCAUAAGCUCUGGGCCCCAGAAGUGUGCAGCCUGCAUUCAAGAAGGAAUAUAUGAGGAAGGCAUUUCUAUCUUGGAAACUAGUUCGGCUUUCCCAGAUAAUGCAGCCCGACGGGAGGUGGAGAGUCUUCCGGCAAUCUGCAUCAACGAGGGCUGUGUGUGGAAAGGGACGAUUAAAGAAUACGAGAGCUGUCAUGAAGGGAGCUGCCCGUUCAUGCUGGUCACCUGCCCGGCAUGUAAGGGCAUGGUCAGGCUGAAUGGAAAGGAGCGCCAUUCCGAGCGGGAGUGCCCCGAGAGAAGCCUCAACUGUAAAUACUGCAAAGUCCUUUUCUACUUCCCCAAUAUUAAGGCCCAUGACGAGGUGUGCCCAAAAUUUCCUCUCACCUGUGAUGGCUGUGGGAAGAAGAAGAUCCCAAGAGAAAAGUUUCAAGACCACAUCAAAACUUGUAGCAAAUGCAAAGCUGCUUGCAGAUUCCAGACUGUUGGCUGUACUGAGGUGAUGGAAAACGAGAAGCUCCCUGAUCAUGAGAGCAAGCACCUGGGGGAGCAUCUCUACAUGCUGCUGAGUUUUGUGCUGAGUCUUGGGGCUGAAUCCAGCAAGCUGCAGUCCCUGCCAGGCCUCCCGACAGCUGAGGGCCGCUCCACUCUGUUGGGGGGCAACCCCCUGGUCUCAGAGUCAGAGAUUUCCAGCUCUUUAGAACUGUUACGGAAAUGCGAAGCUCUGGAAACGAAGACUGUCACCUUUGAGAAUAUCGUCUGUGUGCUGAACCGGGAGGUGGAAAGGGUGUCUCUCACAGCUGAAGCAUACAGCCAGCAGCAUCAGCUGGACCAGGAGAAGAUAGAGGCGCUCAGCAGCAAGGUUCGGCAGCUAGAGAGGAGCAUUGCCCUGAAGGACUUGGCCCUAGCUGAGAUGGCCCGCACAAUUCAGGAGAUGGAAGCGUCCUCCUACGAUGGCAUCUUCAUCUGGAAGAUCGGUGACUUUGCAAGGAAGCGCCAGGAGGCGAUAAGUGGCCGCUCGCCAGCCAUCUUUUCUCCAGCAUUCUAUACAAACAAAUACGGCUACAAAAUGUGCCUGCGCAUUUACCUCAACGGGGAUGGCACGGGGCGUGGUACCCACUUGUCCCUCUUCUUCGUGGUGAUGAAAGGACCCAACGACGCCCUCUUGCGGUGGCCUUUCAACCAGAAGGUCACCCUGAUGCUGUUGGAUCAGAAUAACCGGGAGCACGUGAUCGACGCCUUCCGCCCGGAUGUGUCAUCCUCGUCUUUCCAGCGGCCCGUCAGCGACAUGAACAUUGCUAGUGGCUGCCCACUCUUCUGCCCCCUUACCAAGAUGGAGGCCAAGCACUCUUACGUCCGUGAUGACACCAUCUUUAUUAAAGCCAUUGUAGACCUUACGGGCCUUUGACACACCUU